AUGUUUUUCACCUACGUUGUUCGUCCAGGCGAAGCCCCUGAGGGCCGAGGGCCUCAGCUUGAACCGUUUUGGACAUUUUUCGUUAACUACAAUCUGCGGCUUGGUCUCAUGAUCCAACUGGCCGGUUAUGCCACCCUGCUUGCGACGACUUCAUCAGGAGGAAAGGAUCCGCUUUCUCUUCUCAGCUUUCUCAGGUGCAAUCCUGAGAUUGCCGGCAAGGCUAAUCUGUGGACGGCUCAAGUGGCUUGUUGCCUGUUUAUCCUCGGGAAUCUCACCACUAUGGCAUUCCAGACCCUCACGGACGAUGACAGCAGCAUCAAGCAGUCUCGGGGAUAUCGCGCCGGAACCAAGUUUUUGCAACAAGCUUCCUCCUUCGGAGUUUUCGCAUCUACUUUGGCGCUUCUAGUCUUUUACUCCGCCAACUACUACUUUGAUGACCCUUGGAUGAGUAAAAACUUUGGUGGUGGCUCUUCGUGGUUGAUCUUCUUCACUUCACGGGUUUGCGACGCUUUCGCGUUGUUCUUCUACGCCGGGUGGGAUGAGCUCUACACAACUUGGCCUCAGUGA